AUGACCAGACUGUGUAGUUCCGAUGUAAUAUCCGACUUACGUAUCAAUGUACAAGAAGAACGCUCAGGGGCGGAAAGGUUCCUAUCCGACACUGAAAUAGUGGAGAAUGUUUACGAUAACGCAACCUCGACUCUGUUGUGGACUAUACACCGCCCGAAACGCGGCUGGUACACCCGCAUCCGCUCGCCGUCUUUUCCGCCUAAUGUCUUUAUCCCAUUACUUCCCAUCCCGCGCACGUCUCCCUACUUCGUCGACACGGCGCUUACCGUGGCUUGUCGCACGAACAGGCCAUCACCAUCCUCUCCGCUCUCUCCUAUCUUGUCCCCUACGGCGAUGUCGCCAGCCAUGACCCCGAAGGUUUCAAUGGACAGCCAGCAAUCAUCACACUCAUACCCUCCGACGCCACCGGCAAUGGCCACACCGGACAUCUCCGUCAGCCCGCCGUCUCCUGAGCAAGUCAAAGCCAAACUUGCCUCCCUGGGCUCCGCUUCUGCAUCAUCAUCAUCAUCCACGAAUGGUGGUGACCUCGCCGGUGUGUCAAACGGACCAUCUUCCCGCCGUAUCUCUCGACGAACAUCCUCUCGGCCAGCACCGGCAGCGAACACGCAGAUAACUCAGUUUCUUCUGGCACCGGAGGGUAGUACCGCCCAUUUGUCUGCAUCACCUCCACCUGCGUCAUGGUGGUCUCGAGUCUGGUCGUUAGUUGCCAGCAAUGCACCCUCAAACUCACUCUCCUUCUCGCUCACCCCUCUCCCGCCUCUCCAAGUCGCUCCCAUUCCCUCAUCUGUCGCUCUUAUCACAUUGACGGAUCUGACGCCGACAUUGACGGUAUAUCGGUUCAGUGGACUUCUUGCUAUCGACGAGGCGGGGGUGAAGGAACUGGGUGUGGAAACCAGCUUCUGGGUUGCGGUCUCGCUGGCGUAUAUCGACUUCCUAGGAGAAAGAGAGAGCUACCUUGCUGCGCUGGCAGAUUGA